AUGUGUGAUGCUUGUUUUGCAAUCCUGUGUUACUCCCACGCGCAGUCCGAGCGGGAUCGUUGUGUGCGCUAUCUGUCCGCUUGCCUUUCUUGUCUGGGAUCGUUGUUAGGCGAUUUGGGUCGUCUGUUCUCACCAACGCCACAAGGCGUACAUCCGACACGCUCGCCGCUCAGUCUCCAUCUACCGUUGAUGCGUCACGUAUCCUGUUUUCUCAGCUUGGCCGUGAUGCAGCACGGGGCUGAUCUGUCCGACUUGUUAUCCAGCUUUCUCUAUCCGCGACCGUAUCUGUUGCGUCGGUUUAUGAGUGAACUGGCCAACACAUUGCUUGGUUGUCAAGAGGUUAUUGUGGGAUAUUGGAUACGUAAUGGUCAAGCCCUGCGCCAAUCGAUCACGCACUACAUGCAAAGCCAGCUGUGCUACUCGUUCAUCGAUUUGGAUAUUUUUGCACUGCAGGCAGCGGGGCGGUGUAUAAAAGCCGCAAUCCUUUGGAGGCCGGUUAAUCGGACCAUACGCUCAUUCGACGAUGUCAAACGUCCAAGAGGCCCAAAACACCUCGAACCCAUUCGAGCCGGUGAUCACUACUACGAUCACGAAGGUAAACUUGGGCCUCACAUCUUGCCUAAUGAAGUUGUGGAGGAGACAAAUCAUUUCGCGGCCACAUGCCAACGUCGAGAUUCACUGGCAAUUUUUUAA